AUGUUCCGUUCCGCUGUCGUCCGCUCGCUCAGGGCCUCUGUGCCUCGUGCCGUCAAGCCGCAGGCUGCUUUCCACAUCCGUGCUUCUCCCGUGGCUCGUCCUGCUCAGCUCGCUCCUCGCUUUGCCUUCCAGGCUGUCCGCCUCUACUCCGCCCCUGCCGGCCUUAACAAGGACGAGGUUGAGGGCCGGAUAGUGAACCUCCUCAAGAACUUUGACAAGGUUAACGAUGCUAGCAAGAUCAACGGCGCCUCUCACUUCUCGAACGACCUCGGACUCGACAGUCUGGACACCGUUGAGGUUGUGAUGGCCAUCGAGGAGGAGUUCAGCAUCGAGAUCCCCGACAAGGAGGCCGACCAGAUCCAUAGCGGCAAGUUCUUGUGCUAG